UACUGCAUUUCGGUUAUUAUUGUUAUAUUUUUGCAUGUUUACCUCUUUUGUGUGGAAUGUCAAAGUCCCCUAGGAUUAAUAAAAGGAACAUAGAAAGAUGCGCAUAUGCAUGGCGUCGGACUUCUUUUAUCCGAGCAUCGGAGGCGUCGAGGAACAUGUUUACAAUCUCUCGCAAAUGCUGCUCAGAUUGGGCCAUAAGGUUGUGGUGCUGACGCACUCUUAUGGAGACUGCAAUGGAAUACGUUACGUGACUGGCGGCUUAAAGGUCUACUAUCUUCCCAUUAAAGUGUGUUACAACCAGUGUAUCCUGCCAACCGCUGUAUGCAAUGUGCCAAUUCUACGAGCGGUCCUUCUCCGAGAACGGGUUGACGUGGUCCACGGGCAUUCGGCCUUCAGCGCCUUGGCCCACGAGGCGUUGAUGGUGGGAUCAUUGUUAGGUCUUAAGACUGUUUUCACCGAUCACAGUUUAUUUGGCUUCGCAGAUUUGUCGGCGGCCCUGACAAACAAUCUGCUUGAGGUCAAUUUAAGCAUGGUCAACCACGCCAUUUGUGUCUCUCAUAUUGGCAAGGAAAACACUGUACUUAGAGCCAAGGUGGCUAAACAUCGCGUAUCAGUGAUACCAAAUGCGGUGGACACUGCUCUGUUCACACCAGACCCUAGUCAGCGCCCAAGCAAUGAUAGAAUUAACAUCGUUGUGGCGUCACGACUUGUAUACCGUAAAGGAAUUGAUCUUCUGGCCGGAGUAAUUCCCCGCUUCAAAAACACUCCCAAUGUGCAUUUUAUAAUAGUCGGCGAUGGACCAAAACGCGAUUUAUUGGAGGAGAUUCGCGAAAAGACAAACAUGCAAGACAGGGUAGAGAUGGUUGGUGCCGUGGAACAUGCCAAAGUUCGCGAUAUUCUAGUUCGUGGCCAUAUAUUUGUAAAUACUUCGUUGACUGAGGCCUACUGCAUGGCAAUUGUGGAGGCUGCUUCUUGCGGUCUUCAGGUCGUGUCGACAAGCGUCGGCGGCAUUCCAGAGGUGUUGCCUCAAAGUUUAAUUUUUCUGGCGGAACCUGACAUUGAUGCCAUUUACAGCGGGAUACUAGUAGCAAUAGAAAGACACCGAAAGAAUGGCUUUAAGACGCUUAACCCUAACCCAGCCAAUGGCCAUUUGGAAUCAGGAGACAACUGUCGUGGAAAGCGGAGACAUCGACGAAAAAAAGAAGCAGAUGUAUCCCAAUCUAUCGACGAUUCACUGGAAGGUCAGACCAAUCACCUAAAACCAAUUUUAUGCCCCUACCGAUGCAACGAGUUGGUCGAAACUCUAUACAACUGGGAGGAUGUGGCGUUACGUACGGUAAAGGUUUACAAUCGGGUUCUCCAAGAACGAUCUUUCACUACCAGCGAGCUGGUUGUUGCAGUGUGGCAGCAUGGUUCCUGGUUCCUUGUCUUCUUUGUAGUCGCCCACUUCCUUAUGCGCCUACUAGAGUUUUGGCGUCCGCGAAAUCGCGUCGAGCCAGCUCAAGAUAUGCAGCGUCUGCCCAGCUAGCAAAGCCAAAUAAAUCUUUUUUAUUAAAUAAUUUUAAGUAUUUAUCCUCACAAACUGGUUGAAAAGUUGUAUACUGCCUUAAAUUGUAGUAGAAUACACUGUUAGCUUGAACUGUCUACCAAAUUCGUUGUUAUGAACACU